CUCUACUCGUCGGGUAUACAUGUGCCUUCCGAGAAUUGGAAAUAUCUGUCCUGGUGAGCAUCCUUCAACGGUUGCAGAAGUUUUUCAUCGGAAGUUUCUGGAUCCAGCUACUUCACAGCCCAUCUUAUCGAUCUCUGUUAUCCGAAUACUAUGUCUUACGCUAAAAUAGCGCCAACGUUUGCCAGGGCAAGUUCAGAACUUAACGUAAGGAGGCUGACUUUGUCAUCGGGCCGACGACUGCGAUCAACGUUGGCCUCUACGAAACGGAAGGAUGAACAGAACGAUUCUACCUGCACGGUGUCUGUAGACACAGCAAAAACAGACCUCAUUAGCCAAACAAAAACUGCUGAUGCUCCACCGAACAGCACGAUCGCUAUUGACUUUGAAAAUACCAAAGAAGCCUACAAGAGCAAAAACUCCCUCGAGCUGCUCAGAAGUUUAUUGGUUUUCAAACUUUGCAGUUAUGACUUCCUGGUCGACAAGAACAAGGAGUUAAUGGACCUCAGCAGGAAGCUCUUGGGCCAGAAGGCCUUUGAGCAGAUGAUGAAGAUGACUUUCUACGGGCAGUUUGUGGCAGGGGAGGACCACCAGACCAUCAAGCCCCUGCUGCAGAAGAACGAGGCUUUUGGGGUGGGGUCUGUGCUAGACUACAGUGUGGAGGAAGACCUUACCCAAGAGGAGGCAGAGAAGAAGGAGAUGGAAUCAUGUGUAUCCGAAGCAGAGAAAGAGAGCAGAGGUGAGGACCACCGCGAGAAGAAGUACAAGGCCCACCGACAGUUUGGGGACCGCAGAGGGGGGGUGAUCAGCGCCCGCACCUACUUCUACGCCGACGAGGCCAAGUGCGACCACCACAUGGAGACCUUCCUCAACUGCAUCAGAGCUUCAGGCGGAAGCUCCCAGGACGGCUUCUCCGCCAUCAAGAUGACGGCUCUGGGGCGGCCGCAGUUCCUGCUUCAGUUCUCAGAGGUGCUGGUGAAGUGGAGGCGGUUCUUCAGCUUCCUGGCCGACAAGCAGGGGAAAGGGGGCAUGGAGGCCCUGGAGCAGAAGCUGGAGCUGGAGCAGCUGCAGGAGACUUUGAUUAAACUCGGUGCCAAGGAGGACAUUCAGAACUGGUUUACAGGCGAGAAGCUGGGAUCCUCUGGGACCAUUGACCUGUUGGACUGGAACAGUCUGAUAGAUGAAAGAACAAAGAUAUCCAACCUGCUUGUUGUACCCAACGUGGAGACGGGACACCUGGAGCCGCUCCUGAGCAUGUUCACGGAGGAAGAGGAGAGGCAGAUGAAGAGGAUGUUGCAGAGGAUGGACAUCCUGGCCAAGCACGCGGAGGAGAACGGCGUGCGGCUGAUGGUGGACGCGGAGCAGACCUACUUCCAGCCGGCCAUCAGCAGGCUGACGCUGGAGAUGCAGAGGAUCUUCAACAGGGAGAGGCCCGUCAUCUUCAACACCUACCAGUGCUACCUGAAGGAGGCCUACGACAACGUGUCCCUGGACGUGGAGCUGUCGCGGCGCGAGGGCUGGUAUUUCGGGGCCAAGCUGGUGCGCGGGGCCUACAUGUACCAGGAGAGGACCCGGGCCGCCGAGAUCGGCUACGAGGACCCCAUCAACCCCGACUACGAGGCCACCAACCGGAUGUACCACAAGUGUCUGGACUACGUGUUGGAGGAGAUCGAGCACAACAGAAAGGCCAACGUCAUGGUGGCCUCGCAUAACGAGGACACCGUCAAGUUUACCAUUCAGAGGAUGAACGAGAUGGGCCUGUCGCCCGCGGAGAAGAAGGUCUACUUCGGCCAGCUCCUGGGGAUGUGCGACCAGAUCAGCUUCCCCCUCGGUCAGGCGGGCUUCCCCGUGUACAAGUACGUGCCGUACGGCCCGGUGAACGAGGUCAUCCCCUACCUGUCCCGCCGCGCCCAGGAGAACCGCGGCUUCAUGAAGGGCUCACAGCGGGAGCGCACCCUGCUGUGGGGGGAGCUGAGGCGCAGGAUGCUCAGCGGGGAGCUCUCCUAUAGGCCGGCGCUCUCUUAGAGUGGGCGGAGCCACCUUCUCUCAUUGCAUUCCCGACUGCGAUCCCUAGGCUGCAGUCGCACACGCACGCACACGCCCAGUCCUGCCUCUUUUUUUUUAGAGAGGGCUGCGUUUCAUCUCCGAAAAAAACCGCCUUGACAGCGUUGUCAUACAGGUCGUUGCUAACGUUCUGUUCUGCUGCGCUGCCUAUCUCCAGGCUAGGGCCUGGCAAUAAUAAAAAGCUACACUACUAAAAUGGCAGCCAAGGCCAGAGUCAAUAUCUGACUCCUCUCAGAAUGCCUGGGGUGUUAGGAUAGAACGGCCAGCUUUUACCUUGCUUUAUUUCAGAUAUAACACCGGCCUGCAGGCCUUGGAAUUUCAUUUCAAGACUGGCAGCAAAUGUACAGGGUAGCACUGAAUAACUAAAGAGUGUAUUAUUUUUAAGUUUAAUUUUAAAUAGAUUAUUUUUGUAUGUCUAGUUUGCCUUAUCCAAACAUACUUGUACGCACACACAUUAUAUCUAAAGUAUUACUAAUCCCUGUCUGGUUAACCUUAGCCUCAGAAGCACUUAAAUCUUGAACAACAAUGUGCUUACCUACUCGAACUUUACACAGUUCAUUGUUAUCCUCCAGCUUCAAAAGACCACAACUUAAUUCAUCCAUAUUUAAUGUAAUUCAACUGAAUUUAACCGUUGUUAAUGUUAUUAACUUGUGUUGUGUUCAUGUUAUUGCUGUGCCAUACUGUCAAUAAAUACAUAGAACUGCUUGUUUUAUUUUAUGAUUGAUCCUAACACUUGUGUUGGGGUGAUUAUGUGCACUGUCCAUGUUAAUAACAUUGGUUAAAUAUGAUGGAAACCAUACAAAAAAGUUUAAGCCUGAAUGGGUCUUUUCAUGUAUUGUUUUAGCCAUACAUAUAAGCAGUGCUUGAUUGCUGAAACGCCAAAAUUUAAAAAGCGGUUUGCAAUGUAUUACAGAUUACCCCUGUUUCUGUUCAUGCAGCUUGUUGGCAGAUUUAAUUUGUAAAUACAUUAACAAAAUAAAUAACUAUUGGAGCCUUU